AUGAGACCUAUUGUUGUCAAGGGUCAUUCCAGACCUCUCACCCAGCUAAAAUUCAACCGUGAAGGUGAUCUUUUGUUCUCAACUGCUAGAGAUCAAGUCGCCUCUGUGUGGUUUUCUCACAAUGGUGAACGUCUAGGUACCUUUUCUGGUCAUGGUGGUGCUAUUUUCUCCAUUGACGUUGAUCCUACCACCACCGUCGCCAUUACUGGUGCUGCUGAUAGUUCGAUUAGAUUGUGGGAUGUAAAGACUGGUCAAAACACAUAUAAAUGGGAUACGAAAGCCACUGCUAGAUACGUGCAAUUUUCACCCGAUGCUAAGCAGUUUUUAGCGGUUACGGAAGAGCAUAUGGGACAGAAGGGUAGUAUUGCAUUGUACAAUGUGUCUAUUGAAGACCAAGCUAGCCAAGAACCUGAACCUACUUUUGUUAUUAGAUAUGCAGAGGGCCAAACCAAAUUCACUACUGCUGCUUGGACUUAUGACGGAAAGCACAUCGUUGCUGGUCACUCAAAUGGUGAGGUUUCAAAAUACGACGUUGCUACUGGUGAACUUGUUUCCAGUGUCACUGCUCAUGAAGGUGUUAUCACUGAUCUACAAAUGUCUCCCGAUAGAACAUAUUUCAUUACUUCGUCAAAGGACAAGACUGGUAAAUUAAUCCGCGUCGAUGAUUUAGAGAUUCUCAGAGUUUACGUGACUGAGACCCCAAUGAACUCAGCUGCUAUCACUCCUAUUAAAGAUUUCAUUGUCAUUGGUGGUGGUCAAGAAGCCCGUGAUGUCACAACUACUGCUGCUCGUGAGGGUAAAUUCGAGUCGAGAUUCUAUCAUAAAUUAUUUGAAGACGAGGUUGGCCGUGUCAAGGGCCAUUUCGGUCCUAUCAACACCAUUGUUAUCCAUCCCAAGGGCACAGGCUACGCCAGUGGAGGAGAAGACGGUUUUGUUCGUAUUCAUCAUUUCGACAAGUCUUACUUUGAUUUCAUGUACGAGGUUGAAAGACGUUAG